AUGACGAUUCUUGGACUGCCACCAUCACUCUAUCCCACGUCGCCGGCGCACUUCGACAUUGAGAAGGUCAUCCGGCCAAACAUCCUCAACCUUCAGCCCUAUCGGUGUGCACGAGAUGACUAUUCGGAAGGAAUACUCCUAGAUGCGAAUGAAAAUGCUCUCGGACACUCUAUCCCACAAUUCAACGGUGAUGCAUCAAAAUCAGCACCGGAAUUAGAGCCCGAAUUGCAAGCCACGCUCUCGCUCGCCCUGCAUCGCUACCCCUCACCGAGGAACGACCAAAUCCGCGAGCGAAUUGCGGAACUGCGUGGUCUACCCGGACCAGAUUAUGUGUUCCUCGGUGUUGGCUCGGACGAGGUGAUUGACCUUCUCAUGCGCGUCUGUGUGGCGCCUGGACAGGAGAAGAUCCUCAUUACGCCGCCGACAUAUGGGAUGUAUAGCGUGUGCGCACAGGUGAAUGAUGUUGGCGUGGUCAAGGAGCCUCUAGAGCUCAGCGGGGAGAACGGAGAGGGCGGUGAGCGCGGCCGAUUCUCACUUAGGAUCUCGGAGAUCAAGAGGGCUGUAGCUGUGGACCCGACCAUCAAGCUUAUCUUUCUCUGCUCUCCAGGCAACCCGACUGGCACGCUGAUCUCUCUUACCGCACUGCGCGAAUUGCUGGAAUACAAACCGUUCAAGGGUAUCGUCAUCGUCGAUGAGGCAUACAUCGACUUUGCGGGCGGGUCAGGCAGCGCGGUGCCGCUCAUCAAGCAGUACGCCAAUCUGUGUGUAAUGCAGACACUUAGCAAGAGCUUCGGGCUCGCAGCGAUCCGCCUGGGCAUGGCCCUCGCGCAUCCGGCACUUGUACAGAUCCUUAUGAAUACAAGGGCGCCGUACAACAUCUCGGCUCCGACGGCGUCGCUCGCGCUCUCGGCGCUCAGGCCAUCCGCGGUCGCGGCUAUGAGCGCGAAGGUGGCCGUGCUCGUCGAGCAACGUGCGGUACUAUUGCAUGAACUGGAGAAACUUCGGCCGCUCGGGCUCGGUGCUGCGAUCGGUGGGAACAACGCGAACUUUGUGAUGGUGCCGGUGUUAGAGAAGUGCGGGAGCGGGCUGCCGGACAAUACGCGCGCACACAGGAUAUAUAAGACUGCGGCGGAGGAAGAGGGCGUUGUCGUGCGGUACCGUGGGGGUGAGCUGGGAUGCGAGGGCUGCUUGCGGAUCACAGUGGGCAGUGCAGAAGAGAACGUUGUCGCGCUGCGCAAGCUGGAGGGGUUGCUGAAGAAGCUAUAA